GGGCAUGUCGACGUACCACCCCGUUCUCAUCCUCUUCGACCAUCACUCCUCAUGUCGCUGAUCCAAAAAACAUGCUGUCGCUCAAGGCCAUAGAUAUGGCAGGGACGGGAGCCGUUGAUGCGCGCGCACGACAGAGGUACUGACUACCAGUACGCAACCCUGCGGCCGACAACAAUCGAGUGAUCCUUUCAUCUCUUCGCGGUCCAACAGUCUCACAUCAAGCGUCUACCGCUACCGAUGAGCUGUCCACGGCGCCGCGCGACACGGAGGCUUGUGGCUCAUAUGGUAUAUUUCGUUCUUCUCGUGCGAGACAGGAGAGGCGACCGACGCCACAUGUGCCCCGCGUCUAGGCGUUAGAGGCUGCAUAUCAAUAGCCUCCUUCUCUCAACCAUCACACACUCCGCCUGCCCCCGGGGUCUUCAUUGCGCAUCCUCCUUAGCUUCUCCUGCAAUAAAUUUACAGUCGUUAUGGCGCUCGCUGCGGUUUUGCUGACCAUUCUAGCUCUUCCUAUCGGCCUCUGUGCCUGGUCAGCAUGGUCACUCAGCGUCAAUCGAGCCAAAGUCGACAAAGUCGGCCUCCCAAUAUUUACGCGGUGGAUAGCGCUCACAAAUCCUUUCUGGAUGAUGUUCGGCAGCUCCAUCGUUCGGCGUUGCCGCGCACUUGGCAUCGGGACUCCCAAUUUCUGGCGUUUCUAUAUGUUCGCCUGGGAAGCGAAUGACCGAUAUCGAAUCCACCAAGAGCUGGGCAAGGUAUUCAUGCAGGUGACUCCAGGGGGAAAUUGGGUCUCUAUCAGUGACCCUGAAGUCAUCGACGACAUCAUCCGGCGCCCGAAAGAUUUCCGCCGCAAUAUGGACCAGUUCGAAGUGGUGAAUGUGUAUGGCAAGAAUCUAUCGACGACUGAUGGGGACGAAUGGAAGAAGCACCGUAAAGUCACCGCUGUCACAUUUACGGAGAAGAACAACGAGCUGGUAUGGAGGCAGACGUUGGCGCAGGCGAAAGGCAUGCUUGAGUAUUGGAUAGAGCAUCAGCCGAUCCGGACCCUCGGCGAGGAUACGAAAGUCUUCACUCUCAAUGUGCUAGCAGCGGCGGUCUUCAACAAAUCCUAUCCAUUCGAAGGCUCAGCAGCAGCCACAACAGGAGCACAUGCGAGAGAUGAGUCGUACGAGUACCGGGACUCUAUGUCGAAACUCCUCAACUACGUCAUCCCCAUCUACAUUUUUGGCGAGAAGGGGUUGAAGGCAUGGUGGGUGCCAAAAUCGUGGAAGCAAGCUGGCGAAGCGGUCUCUACUUUCCGCUCUUACGUCAUGGCCCUCAUAAACGAGGAAAGGGACAACAUGUCGCGCGGCAUUCAGGAUAAUCAGAACUUAGUUGCAGCGCUCGUCCGCGCAUGCGCAGCCGAAGGGGAAGACGAGCCUUCGCAUAGCGAAAAGCCAAGGAAAUUGACGCUCACGGAACAGGAGAUAAUCAGUAACCUCUUUGUAUUCGGCUUCGCAGGCAACGAUACGACUGCUGUCUCGUUGACACAUCUCAUAACUUUUCUCGCCGCACAUCCCCAAAGCCAGGAUUGGAUCGCAGAGGAGGCCCGAUACUACCUGCCCAAGGAUGACCCCACGCAGUGGAGCUACAGCACGUUUCCAAAACUAAAGCGCUGUCUCGCGGUCAUGAUGGAAUCGCUCAGACUUUGCCACCCUCUGGGUCAACUCGUCAAGAUAACGAGCGAAGCUCAAACCAUCAAAGUGGAUGGCCGCACCCACACCAUCCCAGCUGGAACAUCCAUACAUCUCAGUAUGUCCGCAAUACACACAGACCCUCGGCUCUGGGGUUCCGACUCGAUGCAGUUCAACCCCAGACGAUUCAUCUCCCGGCCGACGGACACCGCGCAUGGCCUUGAAAACGAAACCCUAGCUUCCGACACUUCGGCCCAUUUCUUGCCUUGGGCGUAUGGACAACGCGUGUGUCCAGGCAAGAGAUUCUCUCAGGUAGAGACAGUUGCCGCGAUAGCGGUGCUGUUUCGCAAUCAUACUGUUGAGCCGCUGCCCAUGAAGGGGGAGAGCAUGGAGCAGGCCAGAAAGAGGAUCUUCGAAGCGGGCUUGGAUAUCGAGCAUGAAGGGAGGAUAUUGCAUGAGAUGAGAGAUCCGGCCAGCGUGGGACUUGUUUGGAAAAGGAGGAGCGGUUGAGGGCCUGGCUCCGCGGGGCCCAGCCUGAUGUUUGCAUCGAGGUUGCUGUUCACUACCGACUCCAUUCCUCCCAAUCACUCUGACUUGGGAUUGUUCUUUUACUGGAAAUCAUCCUGCUGCUCCUGCUGAUCAAGACAUCAGAUGACCUGCGCUUGCGUUCUACAGUCUAGCUUUGCAAACAUUUCCCUCCCUAUUUAACCCAUCCCUUCUCGAAAU